AUGCGUCUCACCACGUCCACAUCCACUGCCCGCAUUGGCAACGUCGAGAUCCGCGGGGUGCAGCAUGUACUCGAGCUGGAAGCCCUUGACACGUCCUUUGAGGCCAUCUCGAACACCCCCAGGGGCUCUCAUCACCAUACGUACUCUCCCACCAAAAGUCAGUCAGUCUCUCCAGAGGACCUGUAUGCGGUCCAGUCACGCACCGCAAUCGUGGUUCCCUGUAAAGACGAGUCUCUCGAGCGCAUCCACGGCGUCUGGGCUGCCAUUCCGUCCAGCAGUCUGAUCAUACUGGUCUCUGCGUCUGAAGUGGAGGCUUAUGUCCAGGAACGCACCAAGCUGGCAAACUUCUGCCGGCUGACUGGGCGUAACGCCAUCGCUAUCCAUCAAUGUGAUCCCACGAUCGCCGCCGCUUUGCGCGCUGUGGGCUUGCCCGAGCUCCUGGAUGACAAAGGCGACGGUCUAGUGCACAGAGGCAAGGGAGAGGCAUUGGCUAUCGGCAUCGCUCUGGCUGCUACCGCACGAGGACCUCCCGAUACAAAAAGCAUUGGCCAGCGCACGGGGGAGGACACCGUUUGUGGGUACUAUAAGUAUAUCGGCUUUGUGGAUGCAGACAACUUCAUCCCUGGCAGUGUGCAUGAGUACUGCCGUGCCUUCAGCGCGGGACUGCACCUUGCACAAGCCGAGGACUCCAUGGUCCGCAUCAGCUGGGCCAGCAAGCCCAAAGUCCACAACGGCAAGAUCGAAUUCAAGCAGUUGGGCCGGAGCAGCGAGAUCGUGAACCAGUGGCUCAACAAGUUGUUGGAGAAGAUGGAUGCGAAUAUCGAGACUGAUGCUGAUGCCAGUCGGGAGACGGAGGCUCCUGGCCUCAUCUGCACCGGAAACGCGGGCGAGCAUGCCAUGACUUUAUCCUUGGCCCUCAAGCUGCGCGUUGCCAGUGGAUAUGCUAUCGAGCCAUUCCACUUCCUGGACAUCUUGGAGCGCUUUGUGGGAGGGCAGGACGCCAGUGUGAUAGGUAACAUGGACAAGAGAGGCAAGACGGCCGCCUCGAGCCCCAGCACCCUGCCCACGCCAGCUACCGACGCGGAACAGCCACUCGGGUUGCUCAAGUCCCUCUCGCUGCUGCCUUCACCUGCCCAGUCUCCGAUGGAUGGUUCUCCUCCUAAACCCACGAUCCAGAUCCUCCAGAUCCGCACCAUCAACCCACACUUUCACGACAAUAAGGGCGAGGCCCACAUCGCACGCAUGUGGAAGCAAGGCCUUUCUGCAAUCUACCACUCCCCGCUCACCCACGUUGAU